UGAUUUUUAUGGUUCAGUUCCAUAGAAUUGAUAAGUAAGCCCUAAGUUUUGGUGACUUAAAUUGAUAAAAAGCAAACAGUGCACAAACAUACAUAUAUACGUCUCUAUUAUGUAUGUACAUGUAGACAUACAUAAAUAAACCUAUUAUAGUGGAGCUCGCUCUAUGUGUGGACACAUUGAUUAUCAACGCUAUGAAUCAUUCAUACACGAAAUUCUCUCGGAGCGCGUAAUUUUUUGGAUGCAAUGUUCAAUUUCACAACAUGUAUUAAUAAACCGGCUACAAAAGACGAAAACUUUUCAGUCUACCGGCAACUUUUGGCGGUGCUGUGGAGCAAUCUGUUUAAGCUACUAAUCACCGGACUAUAACAUGGCUCAAACAAUACAAAUGACCAACGAGCAGCUGCGUGAGCUCAUCGAAACGGUACGCUCCUCUGCUCUGACAGCUGCAACAACUGGCGGGGAAGUCCCGACGACCAAGUCGAAGGGCAGUUUCAGCACCUGCACGCACAAGUUUAGCGGCGCUCGCAAUCACGAGGACGUCGAGGAGUUUAUCACAAAUAUUGUAACCUACAAGGAGCUUGAAGAUAUCAGCGAUGAGAAUGCUUUGAAGGGUCUCUCCCUGCUCUUUAAUGGCAUUGCAUCCACCUGGUGGCAGGGCGUGCGAAAAGAGGCCAAGUGUUGGAAUGAUGCCAUCGUCCUUAUUCGCGAACACUUUUCGCCAACUAAGCCGGCAUAUCAGGUCUACAUGGAGUUCUUUCAGAAUAAGCAGGAGGACAGCGUACCCAUGGACACAUUUGUGGUCGAGAAACGUGCCUUGCUCGCCCAAUUGGAAAAUGAUCGUCACAACGAGGAGACGGAACUGGAUUUCCUCUACGGUCUGCUGAAUAUUAAGUACCGCAAGCACAUUCCUCGCCAAAGUGUCUCAACAUUCCGUGAUUUACUGGAGCAGGCACGCAUUAUUGAGCACAACAAUCAAGAGGAAACCCAAACCGAAAAACAUUCACGGAAACGUAAUUACUCGCUUGGCCCUGGCAGAGGUAUGGGCAGAGGUAGAGGAAGAGGAAGAGGCCGUGGCAGAGGCAGAGGCCGGGGCUUUGGCCUGCAGCCGAACGGCGAGGAGGACGUGCCCAUGACUGAGGAACCUCAAACAGAAACAUAAGAGGAAUAAAUUUAGAAAUAUAC